GACGCGUUUAUAUUGAUAUGUUCCCCUGCUAAAAUAAUUUCAACUUUAUUGUUUGAUAUGUAUAUGUAGCAUGAAUAUGUUGACACGGAAAUUACCAUUCUUUAUUUUGUAAUCAAUGGUCCCUGUUUGCUUCCUCAGGUAGCCGUUCGUGUACAGGGUUUUAAACGUUUUAAACGUUCCAAUGAGAAGACAUGUGCUUAUUUCCGUCUCCAGGCCACAUCUUAACCGUUAUCAUGCCUUGACCUAUUUUAAACGAAGUCAAUACAUUGUUUGUGUUUGUUUCGUUCUUAAUGUUAUCUUGUAGGGCACUGAGAGACCGAUCCAUUGCGGACACACAUUUUGUGUUGUACUCGCGAUCGUCAGACAGCACGGAACUCUGAGCAUUUUUUAACAGGAGAGAUAGCGACGACCAACGUGGACAUAGACACGGCGAUUUAAUUGUGCUGAACACCUAAACAGAAGUCAUGCAUUUUGACGAUUUGCUGCUGAUACUUGGUGGAUUCGGACGUUACCAAAAGAUCCGUCUGUUUCUGAUAUGCUUAGUGGGAAUUCUGUGUGCAUUUCACGCCAUGAACAUGGUGUUUGUUGGUGCUAAACCGGGUUAUCAAUGUAGAAUCGGUCAAACAAACCUUUCAAGAAAGGAGUUUGCUAAUACAACUUUUGAAGACUGGGAAAGGUUUCUGCGAAAUUCAGGGAAAGGAUGUUCAAUUUACAGUCCCUCGCAAACAUAUGAUUUGAUAGUGAAUGGAAAUCUCACCAUUGAUGGAUCAAAGGUGACGGGCGAUUCCAGCCUGUCCACCGAGUCCUGCACGGACUGGGAGUAUUCUCAGGAUGUGUACGGACCGACCAUUGUAUCUGAGUUCGAUCUGGUAUGCAGUCAGGCCUGGCUACGAAGUACAGCAAAGACCCUCUACUUCUUUGGUCGAGUAAUCGGCUCUGUUGUAUUUGGGCAGCUAUCAGACAUAUUUGGGCGGAAACCGAUGUUCCUUUCAGGUCUUCUGUCACUUCUGGUAGCCGGAUGUGUAGCGUCAGCAGCUCCCUCCAUGGCUGUUUUCAUUCCGUUUUAUAUCCUGCAGGGGGCAGCACAAACGGGCUUGUACUUGGUCGCGUUCACCAUGUGUACUGAGCUGGUGGCACCACAGUAUCGAGUAAUGGCGGGAUUUAUGAUCCAGGGUUUCUAUAGUAUCGGGUACAUGGCUCUUUCCCUGAUGUCCUAUUAUAUCCGACACUGGCGCUACAUAGAACUGGUGAUUACACUUCCGGUGGUGCUCUUCUCCGUGUAUCUAUGCAUACUGCCGGAAUCCAUUCGGUGGCUUUUGUCCAAAAACAAAAUAGAAGACGCUACAACAAUAAUCAAGAAUGUUGCCAGAGUGAAUAAUGUGGAGCUCACCGACACAAUGCUGGAGAAUCUCAAUGACGAAAAAGAGCAGGCGGAAGUGGCAGAUGGCCGGAAGUACACGUUUAUUGAUCUGUUUCGACCAUUACCGAUGCUGGCCAUUUCCAUCAACGUCUGGUUCAACUGGUUUGUCAAUGCUAUGGUGUACUACGGUCUUUCCCUUGGAACGGGUAACCUUGGAGGGGACCCAUAUAUCAACUUCUGUAUAGCCGGGGCUGUGGAGAUCCCCGCCUAUGUCCUCUGUGUUCUUUUCCUUAACAAACUGGGGAGACGUUGGCCGUUAUGUGGAACCAUGGUUGUCGGGGGCUUAUCCUGUAUAGUAUCCGGUUUUGUACCAAGCGAUUUGGUAGCAGUCAAGGUCACAUUUGCAAUGAUUGGAAAAUUUGGAAUCACUGCAUCGUACGCGAUCAUUUAUUUAAUGACAGCGGAAGUGUUCCCAACGGUUGUAAGAAAUGCCGGCAUGGGCGUGUCUUCUAUGACUGCUAAAAUUGGUGGAAUGCUGGCGCCUAUUAUUCUAGAACUCCGGUUGGUUUGGAUUCCCCUGCCUCUCGUGUUGUUUGGAAUUCUAUCGGUCCUGGCUGGAGCCCUUGCCCUAAUACUUCCAGAGACAGCAGGGAAACCCCUACCUCAAACCAUUGAAGAAACCAUAAGCAACAAGUCCAAAAAAGUAGGAAAAGAAAAGGGAGAUGCCAUGCCUACGGACGACGGUAAAAAUGCAAUAUGUUAGUAGUUUAACGCAACAGUCCAUCUCCAGUCUUCCUCAGGGAAAGGAUCAUCUCUAAAUGAUAGCUUAGUAUAGAAACUGCAAAAGGGUGUUCAUUUUGUAGAUCCUGUUUUGUGUGGGCUGGCGUGAUAUGAGUAAAGAUUGGAUUCUCACACGAACUUAUGUGUGACCCGAACAUGACAAAGUACAGUUGUAUGUUGUAGCAUUUUCCCUCUAACAUUUUGAGUUCGGAUUUGUCUGGAUGUAUUGCUGCUGUGAUGCAGUUUACAUACUUUACAUUAUUUCACUGUAUACUUUGAUAUCAAAAUAUCAACCGUUUUAUUUUUCUUUUAUAUAUAACUCCACACAUUUUUUUCACAGACUGCACACACAAACAGACAUUUCAGCGUAAAUGAAUUGAUAAAAACAAAAAAACAAUGUUGUUCUUUUGCAAGGAUUUCAUUCUUUUUCUCAUAAUGCGUUAGUGUAAUUAUCAUUCAACAUUAAAAACUCGUCUGACUUACAUAAAAACGUUUACGUUUACACUGCCGUAUUUAAACUAUCGGCAAACAUGUAAAACAGUUGACAUCGCUGGCUUAAGUGUGUCAAAAUUUUGAUGUUGCAACUCCAAGUUGUAUAAUGGAAAAAAAAUCUUGUUAAGUCUGUAUAUCAGAUAUUGCUUAAGCAUUGGUACGCCCUUUCGUGGAUGAAGUUUCCAAUGCCUGCAAAAUUCUAGAUUUCUGGUCUUAGUAACGCACCAGGAAAUAAUAUACCACAGCCUACAAGGACAUAUUAUACUACAGCGACAUAAAAUACAAGACCUGAAAAUACCACAGCGUCAGCGCACAAAGAAAUAAUAUACAUAUGCAAGACCACACACGUGU